AUGCCAACAGGCAUUAGUGGGUCUCAUGAUUUUGCUUCGGUGACUUUGCGGUUAAAAGAUGCAUUAGCUGAGUUGUUAGGUGAGAAAGCGUACUCUCAUAAAGACACUGAUGGAAACCUUCAAUUGAAUGCAGUGGAUAAAGCAUAUUAUCUUGAGUUGAUCAAGAGUAUUACACAGAGCAAAUUAUAUGUUUCCACGCCAUCGAAAGAGGACGGAGAAUUAGAUUUAUCACGGAAACGUGCGAAGUUUUACCGUCUCUUAGGCCAGGAAGAGCUAGUAGCGAAAAUUUGGGAAAUAGCUACCGAUUGCAUUGAUGAAGCUGCAGACCAUGUUAUUUCGGAAUUGAUAGAAAGCAUGGCUUUAGAGAGUGACUUCGAAGCAGCUUUUGUACAAUUAUGGCCAGAAUGUUUCUCUGGUAUUUAUCGAGUCCAAAAAAUGCUCAUUACCAAAGCUCUAACACCAUUAACAGACACCUUCCCCUUCCUGAUAGACAAAAUACCAGGUGUUCAAUCAAUUGCUGACUUUAUGGACUAUCGGCUAGUCGAAGCAGGUCUAUCAGUGCUAGGAAACAAAGUGGCUCGUAUGGUAAGGGAAACUAUAGAAACCUUGAGACGAGAUUUAAAAAAAGCAUUUGGAGCAGCUAAACUCGGUUAUAGUGAUGCUCGCAUCGAAAGCCUCAAAACACUUUUACGUGUUAUGAGCCAAUGUCGCCUCAUAGUGAUUAAGGAACAGAAAUUAUCCAUUCAGAAGGCCUAUAUCCACAGUCUCGAGUCUAUGCUGGACAAGCUCGAGAUUGAAGUCAACGAAAGAUAUCUUACAAACGUGAAGCGUGUCAUCGUUGAAGAGUGCGAAAUAUGCUGUUGUAUUGAUCGCAGUCUUGUUUUGCUUGUGAAGAAGGCUACUGCUAGUAGUCUAAUUUUUCCUGAGCAUCGUCUCCGAGAUCUUUUCAACCUUUUUGCAUUGGAGUAUGGGUCAAAACAAGAGUUUGACAUUUUAAAACUGACCCAUGUGACAAGCUGUAGACGCCAAGAAUUCUUCGAUGUUCUUGCUUCCGAGGUCACCAAAAGAUUCAAAAGCUCUUUACAGCAGCUCCGAAGUGCAGAUCAAAUCUUAUCUUACUGCAAUUCUCUUUAUUCGCUGAGAGAACCGUCCUGCCAUCAAAUCAUCAGAGCAAGCUUGAGAGAAACUUUUGGCGGUGAGUUGAAAAUUCUCGAGCCCUUUCUCAAAAGUUUGAAUGUGAUAAUCAAGCGCGGCUAUGAACUACUGAAGACAGAAGACUCCGGAGCUAAGAGUUAUCACGAAACUCAAUCUCACAAGGUAAAGUCACUUUUCAGCAUUCUGCGCGACUUCGACCUUUCCGAGCCCUUCUUCAAAAUCUUUCUGGAAAAAGGUUUUCUACGAAGAGUACUUCUGAUGGGCCAAGACUAUUUGAAGCUGGCCGCGCAUCCAUACAAUAUAGAGAAAAUGGUUUUAGACGAGUUUGAUUCGAUGUCUACCCUAAACGAGCAUUUCUCUCAGAUAUCGAAGUUAAGGGAUGACCUGGAUCGUAGCACUUUACUGCUCGAGGGCUUUAACUCUAAACAACGCAAUGAGAUCGAAUUAUUCCCAAUGAUUUUCGAGCGUAAGAACAUCCCUAGAUCUUUCCAGGAGCUUCCAAAUUAUGACAUUGACCUCCCCCCAUUGUUGCGACAGCAAUGGAGUCAGUUUCACAGAUUCUACUUGAAGAGCGAUUCUAAGUCAGGACUCAAACCACUGACUUUGCAAAAUUCACUUCAUCAUUUGGAAAUCCAGACAAACUUUCGGUUGGAAGAUAGUUCGCUGCUUACAUUGGAAGUAACUCUACUACAAGCGAGUGUACUUGAAAUUCUCAAUUCCCAAGAUAGAGUGACUGUCCCUAUGCUGGAAUCUUAUCUUCAUGUCCCUGCUUAUCAGAUCGAACUCACGCUUCAGCUGUUUGCGAACUCGAAUUUGUUGAAGGAAGUUAGUGGAACAUACAGCGUCAACGGAGAUUUCGUUGCAGAUCCGAGAAAAGUCAAAAAUGGGCGACUGAGAAUUGUUCAACGUGCAGCAAACAAACCUCAAAGCAAAAAGCAAGUCGUCACCUCGUCCGAGCCCGUAAACACUGAGUGGGUGCAGGAUUUGCUGCGAGCUUCUAUCGUGCGAUGUCUAAAAGGCCGAGACGGUGGUACAUCUUUCGAUGAGCUCAAGCGCUUGGUUGGAACAAGGAACUUGGGAGUUAGCAUAGGAGAAUUCAAAUCGGCGCUUGCUGCAAGUCAAGAAUACUUUACUGUCAAGGAGAGUUUGUAUUAUUAUUUAUUAUGA